AUGACACAAGACACGUCUGAUAGGAUAGUUCCCUUACUAUCCUAUUUGGACAACCUCACUCCAGGUCUCUGCGAAAGGGGUAUCAUCGAUAAUGCAUCGAGAAAGACUGAGCGAUUGGAAGAAGCCAAAGGUCGUUACUUUUGCUUACCUGUUGUGCGGGAUGAGUGUUUUGUGAAGAAUGGGCGUUUUCUCUUUGAGGAUUCGUUUGAAACUCUCUACUGCCUUGCUUUGUUUCAACCUACACAUCAAGAUACCGUUUUCCAUCGUAUUGGGAUGAUAAGGUUCGAGAAGGAGAUACCGAGUGAGCAGUUUGAAGGUUUCCGAGUCCCCUACAAACAUAUCUCUGGUGUGCCUUGCAAGAACAUACGGAAUAAAUUCAUCAAAGCCUUGAACGUCUGGAUCGAAGCUCCAGUUGAGAAGAUGGCUCUGUUGAAAGAAGUAACCAACAUACUUCACAAUUCGUCACUCAUGAGCCUGCAGUGA